AUGGAUCAAGAAGGAUCAUCACAAAGCCCUACCGGGCAGGGCCGUUCUCCCUCUGCACCCUCUAAUUCUACCGCACCGGCCCGGUCCCGUUGGUCACCUAAACCGGAGCAAAUCUUGAUACUCGAAUCCAUUUUCAACAGUGGUAUUGUCAACCCACCAAAAGACGAAACAGUGAGGAUAAGAAAAAUGCUUGAGCAAUUUGGUGCAGUGGGUGACACAAACGUCUUCUACUGGUUUCAAAACCGACGUUCAAGAUCUCGCCGGAGACAGCGGCAGCUUCAAACCGCUACUGCCGCAGCCGUCACUUCCAGAGGAGCUGAAGACCAGCAGCACAUGACGACCAUGAGCAUGCAUCAUCCUUAUAGCAACAACGAGAUUAAUUUGGGAUUUGGAAGUUGUAGCAACUCGUCAGCUAAUUUCUUCUUUAAUGAUCCUUCAUCUCAAGUAUCUUCCUUUCUUCUCGGUCACUCGUCUUCUUCCUCGAAUGGUGGA